AUGGCGUCGAGCUUGGCACACUUGGCGGGGAAUCUCUCCUCAGUGAACUUUGACAAGUUUCGCGAGGUCUCGAAAGUGUUCACCACGUCGGAGAUGGGCAUGACCACGCGGAAAGGCGUUUAUCCGUACGAGUACACGGAUUCGUGGGAUAAACUGUGCGAGACGUCGUUACCAGACAAGUUCAAGUUUUACAGUGCGUUGACAGAGUCGCAUGUUAGCGAUGAGGAUUAUGACCAUGCGACUCGGGUUUGGAACCAUUUCGGCUGCACGACGCUAGGCGCAUAUAGUGACUUGUACCUGAAAAUCGACGUGCUGAUAAGCGCAGACGUCUUUGAAAAUUUCAGGGAUAUAUGUAUGUCUACAUAUCACCUGGACCCCGCGCAUUACUACACGUCACCAGGAUUCAGUUUCGAUAGCAUGCUAAAGUUUACGAAAGUUCAACUUGAACUUUUAGUCGACUUUGAGAAAGUUCUCUUUUAUGAGUCUGGAACCCGCGGCGGUCUGGUGCAGGCCAGCAAGCGUCAUGCGCGAGCCAACAAUUUCGAGACGCCUGGAUACAAUGCCGAUGAACCUAGCACGUCGCUCAUAUACCUAGAUGGGAAUCCUGAAGUCGCGCUGGCCCAGCUGGAGUGGAUGGGCGAGACGGACGAUGUGGGUAGAAUUUACGAAGUUGACAUUUCGUAUCCGCAACACUUGCACGGCGCCCACAACGAUAUGCCGUUCCUGCCCUACGCUAGCAUACCACCAGGGUCGAGUGUACGAAAGUUGAUGGUAACAUUUCUGCGGAAAGAACGCUACGUGGUCCAUUAUAUGAAUCUAAAACAGGCCAUGGCCCACGGAGUCGUAGUCGAAAAAACGCACAGAGUGUUGGAGUUCCGUCAAACUCCAUGGUUAGCACCGUAUAUUAAUUUAAACACGGAAUUACGCAAGCAGGCGACAAACAAAUUUGAAGAGCAAUUUUUCAAAGACUUGAAUAAUUCGGUGUUCGGGAAAUCGAUUGAGAACAUGCGUAAACGGUUUAAUUUGGAACUCGUAUCAUGCCCCGUAAGGAUGCGUAAGCUGAUAAACCAACCAACUUUCAACUACUGCACAACUUAUAACGAAAAUCUCUCGGUGGUGGUUCAGCAUAGCAAAGAAGUGGAUUUCUGCAAGCCGAUCUAUAUAGGAUUUACCGUACUAGAACUCAGCAAAGUUCUAAUGUACGGAUUUCAUUAUGACGUCAUGAAGCGCCAUUACGGCGAUAAGAUCGACUUGCUGUACACCGAUACUGAUUCGUUAUUCUACCGCGUGACGACGAAUGAUUUUUACGACGACUGUAUUAACAAUUCGAAUCUGAUGCGGUUUAUGGACACCUCUAAUUUACUGAAAGACCACAAAUGCUAUUCAACUGCGAGGAAACGGAUUCCGGGGCUGUUCAAAAACGAAACCAAUGCCCGUACUGUAUAUGAGUACGUAGCUCUACGCGCCAAGUCUUAUGCGUACGACGUGGAAGAGGAGGUUACAAUUCGCGCGAAGGGUGUCAUGAGACACGUUAUUAGAAAUCACCUAACUUUCGCCGAGCAUAAGAGGUGUAUGUUUGCCGACGUGGACGACGGUGCGGAAUCCGACGAGUGUGACGACGAAUUCGACGCAAAUAUGGGGAAAAUGAUCGCAGUCGACUCCGCGCUGAAAGCUGUCGCCCAAAUACAUCGGAACGCCUCAACGUCUGCAACAAAUUCACCGUCGACCACACAUCCGUCACACUUUUAUUGCUAUAUGCCUUUUACACCGUAUAGAGAAAAUGUCUCUAUACAGUCGUUUAAACACGAAAUGCGUACGAUUAGGACUAUGAAACUAGUUUUAAACAGGGCCGACGAUAAGCGUCAUGUGUUACCGGACAACAUUUCAACGUACGCGCACGGUCAUCACCGCAUAAAUUAUUAA